AUGUGCCUCCAUCCACCAUCGCCACAAGAGUUCUCCCUCGAUUUGUACGACGACAGAGCCUUUAUUAGGGACGGCCUAGAUCUCCUCGAUCGAGACGUCGACUGUCAAGUUAACGAAAGAGGGUGGUAUUUCCAUAACUGCUUUUGUGGCAAAAUCUCUAAGAGAUCCUCGGGCCCUGACUUUUUUCCUGGCCCAAGUGAUAAUCACUUUUAUUUACGCAUAGAGGUAAAAGAUACCGGCUUAGGAAUUAACCCACAGGAUAUUCCCAAGCUGUUCAUGAAAUUCGUACAGUCUCCAGUACCUUCGCGAAGGAGCUACGGCGGCUUCUCCCUGUUUCAGAUACGACAGGAAAAAAAGUGA